AAACAAACGAGCAUGUAGCAUAAUUAUUUACCGAAAACAGAACAAACCCAACAUAGCAUCACAGAAUAAUAAUUAUUCUGAGCUCGCACGAUCAUUACUCGUUUAUAGUUAAUCUUGCACUAUUCUAUAUUGAUUGAAGAUGGCCCAGUCAACAGUCUCUAAUCAAUCAACUUUACUCCCUCUUGAAUUGGUUGACAAAUGCAUCGGCUCUAGAAUACAUAUCAUAAUGAAGAAUGACAAGGAAAUUGUCGGAACUUUGCUGGGAUUUGAUGACUUUGUUAAUAUGCUCCUUGAAGAUGUGACAGAAUACGAAAAUACACCGGAAGGCCGGCGGAUUACCAAGUUGGAUCAGAUUCUGUUGAAUGGCAACAACAUAACCAUGCUGGUCCCUGGAGGUGAACUGACUGAAGCUGCUUGAAGAAUAUUUUUAGAUUGUAUUCAUUUAGAUUAUAAUAAAUACUACUGUUUACAAUUUU